UAGAUGCCUUUUAUUAUGUUGAGGAAUUUCCCUUCUAUUCUUAUUUCAUUAAGGUUUUUUAUUAGGAAUGGGUAUUGGACCUUAUUAAAUACUUUCUCUGCUUGAUUGAGAUGAUCACAUGAUACUAUUCUUUUGUUCUUUAUGAGGUGGAUUAUGUUGACUGAUUUCGUAAUGUUGAACUGUCAUUGCAAACCUGGUAUGAUUCCCACCUGGUUUUUUGAUAUGAUGCUGAAUUCUAUUGGCUAGAAUUUUGUUGGAAACUCUGGUGGCAUAGUGGUUAAGUGCUAUGGCUGCUAACCAAAGGGUUGGCAGUUUGAAUCUGCCAGGCGCUCCUCGGAAACUUUAUGAGGCAGUUCUACUCUGUCCUAUAGGGUCGCUAUGAGUCAGAAUCUACUCGACGGCACUGGGUUUGGUUUCUGCGUAGAAUUUUGUUAAAAAUUUUUGUAUCCGUGUUAAUGAGAGAUACUGGUCUGUAAUUUCCUUUUUUUGUUGUGUCUUUGCCUGGCCUUGUUAUGAGGGUUACGUUAUGGUGGCUUUAUAGAAUAAAUUUGGGGGUAUUUCUUUCUUUUAUAUACUCUGAAAUAGUUUGAGUAUUACUGGUCUGAGCUCUUCUCUGUAUGUUUGGUAGAAUUCGUCAGUGAAGCGGUCCAGGCCUGGGCUUUUCUUUUUUUUUUGGAGGGGGGGUUUUAAUUACCUCUUCAAUCUCAUCUCUUGCUGUGGAUCUGUUCAGAUUUUCUGUCUCAGCUUGUGUUAGUUUAGGUAGGUAGUGUAUUUCUAGAAAUUUGUCUGUUUCUUCUAGGUUUUCAAAUCUGUUGGAGCUCAGUUUUUCAUAUUAUUGUGUUAUGAUCCUUUUUACUUAGGUUGGAUCUGUUGUAAUGUCUCCCAUCUCAUUUGUUAUUUGGGUUAUUUGCUUCCUCUCUUGUUUUUCUUUUGUCAGUUUUGCCAGUGGUUUGUUGAUCUUUUUGAAGAACCAACUUUGGUCUUAUUGAUUCUUUCUAUUGUUUUCCUGUUCUCUGUUUCAUUUAUUUCUGCUCUAAUCUUUAUUAUUUCCUUUUUUCUAGUUAUGUGGUCUUCUUUUGCUGUUCUCUGUUUGAGUUGUAGAGCUAACAUUUGAUUUUGGCCUAUUCUUCUUUUGUGAUGCAUUAGUUUAUUGCUACAAACCGACCUCUGAGCACUGUCUUUGCUUGUCCCAAAGAUUUUUGUAUGAUGUGUUUUCAUUAUCACUUAAUUUUUGGAAUUUUUUUUAAUUCCCUCUUUGAUUUCUUCUAUUAUCCAGUUGUUCUUAAGUGAGGUGUUCUUCAUUUUCUUAUGUUUGAUUUUUUUCCCUUGCUCUUCCUGUUACUGAUUUCUACUUUUAUGGUGUUGUGAUCAGAUAGAAUACUUUGUAUUAUUUUGAUGUUUUAGAUUUUUUGAUGAUUACUUUGUGGCCAAAAGUGUGGAUUACUCUGGAGAAUGUUCCAUGUGCCUUGUAAAAGUAUGUAUACUUUGCUGCUGUUGGGCGGAGUGUUCUAUAAAUGUCUAGGAGGUCAAGCUUGUUGAUUUUGGCCAUAGGUCUUCUGUUUCUUUGUUAAGUUUCUUCCUAGAUGUUCUCUCCUUUACCAAGAGUAGUGUGUUGAAGUCUUACACUAUUAUUGUGGAACUGUCUAUUUCUCUUUUCAGUGCUGUUAGCGUUUGAUUUAUGUAUUUUGGAGCCCUGUUGUUGUGUGCACAGGUAUUUAUUAAGGAUAUGUCUUCUUGGUGGAUUGUCCCUUUAAUCAUUAUAUAAUCUCCUUCUUUGUCAUUUAUGGUUAAUUUGCCUUCAGGUCUAUUUUGUCUGAGAUUAGCAUUGCUACUCUUGCCUUUUAUUGUUUUGUUUUUGGCUUGAUAUAUUUUUUCCAUCCUUUGAUUUUUUAAUAUAAUUAUGUCUUUGUGUCUAAGGUGUAUCUCUUGUAGACAGCAUAUUGAUGGGUUGUGCUUUUUUAUCUAUUCUGCCACUCUCUGUUUCUUUACAGUUGCAUUUAAGCCAUUUACAUUGAGUGUGAUUACAUUUGCCACUCUCUGUUUCUUUACAGUUGCAUUUAAGCCAUUUACAUUGAGUAUGAUUAUUGAUAGAUAUGAAUUUAUUGCUGUCAUAUUGUUGUCUUUUUUUUUUUUUUGUGAUGCUGACAUUUUCUUUGUUCCUCUUACCUCCUGUGUUGCAUUCCUAUUGUUUGAGGAUUUUCUUUUUUUUUCAUUAUUAGUGAUUUUGCGUUUACCGAGACUUUGUUUUUUUUCUUUUUUGUUCUGAUGAGUAGGAUUUUUGUCUUUCUCUGUGGUUACCUUGAGAUUUACCCUUAUCUUCCUAAGUUUGAAGCUGUCUUUUAUGACUUGGUAUUGCCGUGACUUUUCCUCCAUUUUAAAGUCUAUGCCUAAAAUAAAAAACCAUUUAUUACCCAUUUUAUUGUUUUAACAUUGUCGUCAUUUAUAGUUUGACAUCUCUUUUUCCCUGUUUUAAGUCUUUUAGCUUUGUUUUAUUAUUGGGAGUCCUUUACUUAGUUUGGUAUCUGGUUGAUGCUGUCCUGCAUCCUAGACUCUGGUUGUUGUCUGAUGUUGGUUCUCUAGCCAAAGAGCUCCUUUUAUUAUUUCUUGUGUGGUUUGAUUUUUAUGAAUUGGCCUAAUUUCUAUUUUUCUUGAAUUGCCCUAAUUUCACCAUUGUAUUUGAGAGAGAGUUUUGCAGGAUAUAUAAUUCUUGGUUGACAGUUUUUUUCUUUCAAGGUUUUGUGUAUGUCAUCCCAUUACCUUUUUGUCUGCAGAGUUUCUACAGAGUAAUCAGAGCUUAGGCUUGUUGUUUCCCUUUUGUGAGUGAUUUUUCAUUUUUCUUCAGUUGCUCUCAGGAUUCUUUCUUUGUCUUUGAUUUUAGUAAUAGUGAUUAUGGUAUGUCUUGGUGAUUUUCUUUUGGUGUCUAUCCUAUAUAGGUUCAUAGAGUUUCUUGGAAGCUCAGCUUUUCAUCUUUCAUGAUAUUUGGAAAUUUUUAUGUUGACAAAUCUUCAAAAAUGUUCUGUGUGUUUUCCAUUUUCUCCCCCCGUUCUGGAACUUGAAUGAUGUGCAAAUUUUUGCUCUUGAUUGUGUCUCACAUAAAUUAGGUUUUCUUCUUUGUUUUUUUCAUUCUUUUCUCUGAUUUUUCCUAAAACAAAAUGACAUCCAGGAAUUUGUCUUUAAUCUCACUGAUCUUGUCUUCCAUUAUUUAAAAUUUGCUCCUAAAAUGUGAUUUAUGUCAACAUGUAGUGUUCAUUAUUGUUACUUUUAAAUGAAUAAGUAGGUAUAUCAUUGCAAAAUUUGUUUUAAUUUUUAAUAUAGUAAAGAUCAGUAGACAUAAACCACAUAAAAGCUCUUUCGGGGUUGUUAUGGAUUGAACUGUGUCCUCCCCCCAAAUUGUGUACCUACUUGGCUAGGCCAUAAUAUCCACUACUGUGCGGUUGUCCACCAUUCUGUGAUCUGAUGUGGUUAUCCUAUGUGUUUUAAAUCCUAAUCUCUAUGAUGUUAAUGAGGCAGGAUUAGAGGCAGCUACAUUAAUGAAGCAGGACUCAGCCUACAGGAUUAGGUUGUAUUUUGACUCAGUCGCUUUUGAGAUACAAAAGACAAAAGGAAGCAGAGAGGAGAGGGACAUUGUGUCCCCAAAAAAAGUGUGUCAACUUGGCUAGGCCAUGAUUCUAAGUUUUGUGUGAUUGUCCACCAUUUUGUCAUCUGAUGGAAUUUAAAUCCUACCUCUAUGAUGUUAACAAGGCAGGAUUAGAGGUAGUUAUAUUAAUGAGGCGGGACUCAAAGUACAAGAUUAGGUUGUAUCUUGAGUCAGUCUCUUGAGAUAAAAGAGUGAAGCAAGCAGCAAGAUAGGGUGACCUCAUGCCACCAAGAGUGAAGAACCAGGAGUGGAGCACAUCCUUUGGACUCAGGGUUAAUGCACAGGGAAACUCCUAGACCAGGGGAACAUUAAUGACAAGGACGUACACCAAGAGCCGUCAGAGAGAGAAAGCCUUCUGCCAGAGUUGGCACCUGAAUUUAGACUUCUAGCCUCCUAGACUGUGGGAGAAUAAAUUUCUCUUUGUUAAAGCCAUCCAUUUGUGGUAUUUCUGUUUUAACAGCACUAGAUAACCAAGACAGUGGGCAUAUAACUUCAAGGGAAACAACUAAAUAUUUUGAAAAGAUAUUUUUCAUAGAAAAUAUUAUUUAUGUUAAUAUGUAGUGUUUAUUAUUGUUACUUUUAAAUGAAUAAGUAUAUCAUUGCAAAAUUUGUUUUAAAUUUUUAAUAUGCUAAAGAUCAAUAGACAUAAACCACAUAACAGCUCUUUGGGGGUUUUUAUGGAUUGAAUUGUGCCCCUGCCAAAUGUGUAUCUUCUUGGCUAGGCUGUGAUAUCCAGUAUUGUAUGAUUGUUGUUCAUUUUAUUAUCUGAGUUAAUUUUCCUAUGUGUUGUGAAUUCUAACUUGUGUGAUGAAGCCCUGAUGGCACAGUGAUUAAGCUAUGAGCUGCUCACAAAAAUGUCAGCAGUUUGAAUCCACCAGCUGCUCCUUGGAAACCCUAUGGGGCAGUUCUGCACCAUCCUAUGAGUAGGAAUCGACUUGACACCAAUAGGGCUUUUCUUUUUUUUGAUGAUGUUAACGAGGCAGGAUUAGAGGCAGUUAUGUUAAUGAGGCUGGACUCAAUCUACAGGAUUAAGUUGUAUUUUGAGUCAGUUUUUUGAGAUAUAAAAGAGAGAGAUACGAGUGGAGAGAGACCUCCUGCCACUAAGAAAGAAAACCUGGGAGUAGAGCGCAUCUUUUGGACUCGGGUUGUCUUUGCUGAGAAGCUCCUACACCAGGGGAAGAUUGAUGACAAGGACCUUCCCCCAGAGCCAACAGAGAGAGAAAGCCUACUUCUGGAGCUGGCACCCUGAAUUUGAACUUCUGGCCUCCUAAACUGUGAGAGAAUACACUUCUGUUUGUUAAAGCCAUCCACUUGUGGUAUUUCUGUUACAGCAGCACUAGAUAACUAAGACAGGGGUCCUCAUUAAUUUUUAAGAGUGUAGAGAGAUUCAAGACCAAAAUUUGGUAUCUGCUGGGGUUUGUCAUAUAAUGUAAUACGUGUAAUGUAAUGAGAUGGAGGGGAAAGAAUAGGGAAUGAGAAUAUUCACUGUAUACCUUUUUAUAUCAUUUUAGGUUUCAAACCCAGUAAAAGCAUUUCCUAUUCAAAAUGUAAAGUUUAAAAAGAAAAAGUUUAGGUUUUUUUUUACCUCUUCCUCUCUCCCCAUGGUCUCGGAGGCUGGUAAAAUUUUCUAGCAAAUGUUUAGGAUUCAUGUACUGCCUUUAAUCCCCUAUACUUCAAAUCUCCUGCCACCCCAUUACCCUACCAUAAUGAACAAUUCAUUUGUCUUGGAAGCUCAGCUUUUUUCACAGGUAACAACUAUUAUCAGUCACAGUGGGGGUGUUAGGCUCGGGAUAAAGUGAUUCCUGGGAGUUCUGUGUUUUUAGGAAGAAAAUCAGCCAGUUUUCAUUGUCAGCAUUUUAAUCUUUGCUUCUGGAACUACGAUUUUUUAGUCCUAGAGGAUUUUGAGAAAGAAUUGGACAUUAGCAAGUAAACACAAGGAAAUACUUAGUUUUGUUUUACAACUUUAUAGACCCAAAACAGCUGGGAUUAAUGGGUUUCAAGUUGAUAUUAUUAAUUAGAGGGAGGUCUUCAGUGUAUGUUUGAAAGGAGAGGACAGAUGUUGAGAGAACAACCUUCAUGUGGCAUUGAAAAUGUUCAGGGAAGUUAUGUCUGGGGGGUGGGGAACCCAGCAAGACUCUUUCUAGAAUAGACUCAUACCUCAGAACCAUUUUUGGACUCAACUUUCUCCUUAUUCAUGUACCAGUUAACUAAGUUCUGUCAUUUCUACUUUCAAGACAUCACUUCUUUCCUUGUUCCCCCCAACCCCACUGUCUCCUCACAUCAGUUAUUACUGUUGAUUCCUAAUCAGCUCCCCACUUUGGGACCUGACCUCAGCAACCCAUCUCGUACCUACUGCCCAAUUUGCUGCUCAAAGCACCUCUCUUAUCACGUUCUCCAAAUCUGUAGUGCUUCCACAUUGUUCAUAGAAUAAGCUCCAUUGCUGACAUUCUCCUACUGUCUCAUCAAUCUUAUGUUGCCUUCCUAUGGAAGUCAGAUUCCCGGGAAACAGAUGUCACACUCAAAGGAAGUCAUUGAAGAAAGUCAUGUUAACCCAAGGAGGGUGGUGACCACCUCAGGAAUAGCAACAGCUGGAAGCUGUUACAAUGCCAUGGCCUCAAGAGGUGAGAGAGGGAAUGGAACCCAAAACCCAGUAAGAACUGCAGCUGUACGGGGAGGGCUGCCUGAUGGAGAACCUCACCAGAGAAAUGCAGCCUUGGCCAAGAGAAGCCAGGGAGGGUGCCUGGGGGGUAAACACCCCCAACCUCUUCCUUGUCCUCUGACUCAUAUCAUUGCUUCCCAGUGACCAAACCCAAAGGACACCAGAUAGCAAGUCAUCCCUGGACAGUCCAGUCCACAGAGGAAAGCCUCCUAUGGUUUAGAGAAGGACUGGUCUGUUUUCUUGAGGGGCUGUGGACAAAGUGACCUUUGCCAAUCCACUUUUUUGAAUCCAAGCCCUCUGCCUGUCCAGUUCCUCCUUGUUCAGAAUCACAGAAUCCUGGAACUGAAAGGGACCUUCGAGGCCACCUGCCUCACCCACUCCUUCAUGUACAGAUGGGCGGAUGUGGCCAUCUCCAGAGUGGCCUCACCGAGGUAACACACAGGCACAGCAGAGCACUAGGCUGGGCUUUGGACUCCCCCGCUUAGUGGUUUUGCUAUGGUGUUAGGUGUGGCAGGGGGAAGACGGCCUUUCUCCUGCUGAGUGCAGCCAAAGGCAGGGAUGAGAUACUUCACACCAGUGACCCCAGCACCUGGCAGAGGGCAGAGCCCAGAGUAUGCUCGAACAAUGGUGGUGGAAUGAGUCCCUCUUUUCUCAUGAAUUGUAUAGCCUUAGUAGCCCAUACAUAUUUUUAUAUGUAGUCCCACAUUGUCUUUCUCUCACUUGACUGUUUCUUGCAGGUAUCUUCCCACUGGCCUCUGUGUUCCUGGAGAGAACCUUCCCUGGGGGUGAGGAGAAGCUCAUUAUGUGCAUUUUGAUUCUCUGGAACAUUAAAAUUGGGGCUGAGCACAGGUUACAAAUCCAGAUUCAGGAUGUCAGCUCCAGGGGAAGCCUUUCUCUGUCGGCUCUGGAAGAAGGUCCUUGUCCUCAAUCUUCCCCUGGUCCAGGAGCUUCUCAGGCUUGCGGAUCCCGGGUCCAAAGGACAUGCUCUGCUCCCAGUGCUUCUUUCUUGGUGGUGGCUUCUUACUCCUUUUCCUGCCAGAGCAUCUCUUCCAUAUGCUUCUGAAAGAAUCCCUUUGGCACUUCAAUGACAAAACCAUCAAUGAUUCAUGAAGCAUUAUCAACGGGCUGCUCGGAAGAUGCAGGGGCUCCCUCCAUGAGCUGUGCUGUUCCCUCCCCUUCUGUUGCUCGUGCUCAGCCCCUGCACUGGGCAGGGAGCUGGACAGAAACUAGGAGAUGCUGUAUUGAUUGGCUUCCUAAUCCUGACAGGAUUCUCAGAUAUUUACAUAUCACUAUCGUUGCUGAAGAAACCCUGAUGGCAUAGUGGUUAAGAGCUACAGCUGCUAACCAAAAGUGAUUCCUGAGUAAACAGAAGCAUCAUUUUGGGGAAACAAGCCAAGCCCAGUACCUGCUGCUGCCAAACAUCCUACACUGAUGAGUCUCUGAAAGGAGUUUCCUCUUUGCAUCUCCCUGUGGCUUAGCUGUCAAAGCGGCAGUUCCUCUGACCCAGCAAAAAAUGGCUUACGCGAAGAUGAGAUGUAUGUAUAUUUUCCUUCUGGUUCUGGGGGCCCUUUGCUUGUAUGUUAGUGUGUACAAUCUGACUCCUUUUAAAGAAGAGCUGUUUGUUUUCAAGAAAGAAAGUGGGAACUUCCUUCAGCUCCCGGAAAUAGACUGCAGAGAGAAUCCUCCCUUCCUUGUCCUGCUGGUGACUUCCUCGCACAGACAGGUGGCCGCUCGGAUGGCCAUCAGGCAGACUUGGGGGAGAGAGAUGGUCGUGAAAGGAAAACAAAUAAAAACCUUCUUUCUCCUGGGAAUCACAACCAAAGACCAGGAAAUGACAGCAGUGGCCCAGGAAGGCCAGCAAUAUGGAGACAUUAUCCAGAAGGACUUUGUGGACGUCUAUUUCAAUUUGACUCUGAAGACCAUGAUGGGCAUUGAAUGGGUCCACCACUACUGCCCUGAGGCUGCCUUUGUGAUGAAGACAGACUGCGACAUGUUUGUAAAUGUCUACUAUCUCACUGAACUACUUCUGAAGAAAAACAGAACAACUAGGUUUUUCACUGGCUUCUUAAAAAUGAAUGAAUUCCCAAUUAGGAAGAAGUUCAAUAAGUGGUUUGUCAGUAAAUUCGAGUACCCAUGGGACAAGUACCCGCCUUUUUGCUCUGGCACGGGCUAUGUUUUUUCUGGCGAUGUUGCAAGCCAGGUGUAUGAUGUGUCCGAGAGCGUCCCCUUUAUUAAAUUAGAAGAUGUGUUUGUGGGGCUCUGCCUGGAGAAACUGAACAUCAAGCUGGAGGAACUUCACUCGGAGCAGACGUUUUUCCCUGAAGGGUUGCACUUUUCCACAUGUCGCUUUAAGAAAAUUGUGACCUGCCAUUUUAUCAAACCUCCAGAAAUGUUGACCUAUUGGCAGGCUCUGGAGAGCUCCCCCAGAGAAGAGUGCUCAGUUUUCUGAGGGGAGCCUAAGGGUAUAUUUGGACAAAGGUCAGACAACCCACAGUGCUCACUGUGGGAAGCUGUUGGAUGGUGUAGCUGAGAGUCCUCAGGUGUGGGAGAGGGAGGAGGGAAGGGAGAGGGAGAAGAGUAAGGAUGAUAGCCUGCAGGGCUCCAGAACCAAGGUAGAAAGUAAGCAUAAAUGGGACCACUGAUUAAUCCCCACUUGGUGCCCCAAGCAAUAGUAGAUAGCAUCUCUGGAGAGCCUUCACUACAGUCCUAACUGUUGGGUAGAUACUUAAACCUUUUCAUUUCAACGGCCAGUAUCCAUACAUAGUGGUGGGCAUUAUCCCCAUUUUAGAGAUGAGGAAACCAGCUCAGAGAGGCCCAGUGACUUGCCCCAAGGUUCCCAGCCAGCAAAGAGUGGAGCUGGAGGGAAAGUCAAGUGCCAUCAGGAUCCAGUUGGCAGCCUGACCCUCUGAGCUCCUCACUUUAAAGGUGAGAGCAAAGGCUCACAGAGAAGCUUUGCUCUCACCUUCAGUCUCUAUAAACCCUCUUCUUCCAGCUGCCAAUCCUUGUGCUUUUAAUGCUACCGCAAGGAUGCACAAACUCACCCCCAGCGUCCUUGAUGCUCUGGGAUGGGUCUGGCUUGGCUGCGUGUUCCUGUUAGCUGCUUUGCACUCCACAUACCCUAAUGCCACACCCCAGAAGAUGUCAGCACAGAAGUUGCAACUUCCCCCAUAGUAAACACCCACCCCAGACAGAAAUAGAUGUUUAUAAAUUGGGCUCAGAAAUCCCUGGAGCCCCAGCCGGUGUCAGACUUCCUUACUGCAGUGGGCAGUAUGUCUUCUCAGAGCCCACUGUGGCACUCUGGCCUGUUUGUUCUGUGCUCUCUGGGGACCAGCUACAGCCCUUGGAGCACUUUGGGUCUCUCCUUUGAGUAGAAGGGGGCUGGGCACAACGCAUGGUCUGUGCAGGGUUCUGGGAGCUUUUCUGGCUUCCAUUGGACUUAGGUCAAGGAACCCUGGGGCACAAAGCAAUGAGCCAGCCCCUGGUCAAGGGCGUCUCCUAUGUCCGUUUCCCGGCCUGACCCAAGCUCAUCUUACCUGGAUUUCUCAGAGGACCAAGGAACAACUGAGGUUUAGGGUCUGGAGUUAAACCCUGAAUUUCCUUCUCACUUCAGGCUUGUUGCAGGGUGAGGUAACAAGGCACUGACUUUGGAGGACCCUUGCCAUCCAGCCAGCCUCACACCAUGUGCUGUCAUCUUGCUGCUGACCGCAGGAACGAUUGAUUUUUUUUUUUUCCAUUUUGUUUUACUAGACUUUACUAAGCACCCAAAGCAAAGACCUCACACUGCUGCACCACUUAUACAUGUUGGAUUAAUCCCUUGCCUUAACUCAAAAAAAAAAAAAAAAAAAAAUUUUUUUUUUUUUUUAACUCAGGAAAAGAUAUUUGCUGCAAAGUGGUGAAGACUGUGUUCAUCUGCAAAAUGAGGUCUGCUGUCCCAUUUUCCAGGGCAUUUCUCAACCUGAAUUGACCUGCUUCUGUGCAAAUGUGUUUGCUCAUCUGGCUGCUCUGAACAUCCUGGUUCUGCUCAGAGAAACCUCCUUCUCAGGUUGCAAAUGGAGGGGUUGAGCCCAUUUAUUGAAGCUUGUAUUUUGCAAGAGCUGCACCCCUUGCCUCCAAAGAAAAUGGUGUGUUUGAGGGUGAGGGAGCUUGUCUGGCUGUGGGGCUGGGUCUGUGCUCAGGCACCCACCUUGUCAGAUGUGCGUCUGUGUGGCCUCCAGGCGACGGGACUGUGGCUAAGGAGGUCAGGUUAUGGCCUCUGGGUGCGUCCUCCAGAUCUGGCCUCCUCGGCAUCAGCCUGCAGCCCUGGUCACCGGUCACGGGUGUUAUCUCCAUCUAUAGACUCUGUUUGUUCUUAAAGGGUUUUCUAUAAAACUCAUAUUUAUUUCUGCUAUAUAUCUUCAUACAAUGAAGACUUUUUUUUGUCUAGGGAAAAAAUGAUGUAUUUCAUGACUAUCGAAACUUGAAGGAACUUUAGAGGGCAUUGAGUCCACCCUCCCACUUUUACGUAGGAUGAAACCAAAGCUCAGAGAGGUCCAGAGACUUGCCCAAGAGGUCACAGCUAGUUUGUAGUGGAAUCCAGGUCCUGGCUCAGUCUGUGUUCUUUUACACCAUCUUGCUUACCCAAGAGGGUAGGAAACAAUAAAUGCGUAACUUACGAGGUAAAGCAAUGCCUUUCCAAUGACACGCAAUGCUUAUGUCAAACGUUCCUGAGGAGGAGCCAGGGCUGUUGGUUGUUGGUGCGGUGGCUUCACUCACAGGCACCAGGAAAGAAAGGAUUUUGAUAAGAACACUAUUUACCAGGUUUUAAGCUAAGGGCUUUCUGAGUAUUAAUUAACUUAAAAACUCAAAACAGCUCCAUGGAGGAGGCUACUACAAAUAUCCCUGGUUUACAAAUGAAGAACCUGAGGCAAAGAGAGAGAGAGUUUGAGCAACCAGCCCAAGGUUACAUAGCCGAGAGCUGCAGAAAUGGGAUGUGAACCCAAGCUGUUGUAUAUGUUUGUACCACUCUUGCCCCACAUCCCCCUGCCAGCCUCCCAAGCUAACUCCCCCACCCCCAGUAUUCCAGGAGAUUUUGGGCACUCACUGCAUUGGCCUCCCAGAUUGCAUUUGUGGGCACUUCCAGAGCCUCCCACUGCCACCCAUGCCCACUCCAGCUUCUGAGCCCCCGCAUUCGCCCUUCCACUGUGACUGUAGAGAUAAACCACUGACCCCCCCAUAAAGCAGUUCCUCCAUUUUUAACUUGAUUCUCAGCCCUUCUUGUGUCCUCAAGAGCACAGUCCCUGUACUCGUCCCUCCACUCUGGAUCAUUCCCAUAAGCAUACAAACGCGCUAUUUUCCCAUCUUAAAAAAACCAACAGCCUUCCCUUGACCUCCUUCCCCCUCCAGCUACUGCCCCACAUCUUGGCUCCCUUUGCAGUUAAACUCUGCAAGGGAGUUUUAUGUAUCUGUUGUCUUCAAUCCCUGUCUUCGUAUCCUUUCUUUUCUUUUUUUUUAAUUGGGGUGAAAAUACGCACAGCAAAACAUUCGCCAACACAACAAACUCCACAUUUACAACUCAGUGACAUUGAUUACAUUUUACAUAGUGGGCCACUAUUACUGCUAGCCUUUUCCAAAAUACUCCACCACUAUUUACAUAACCUCAAGUCAACUCAACGGAAACUAACAACAAUUCUUUCUUAAAUCCUGUCCAGUUAGAGUUGGCACUGUCUGCACCACCUAGGUGGUGUGUAUCACAUCACAGCGACAGCAUGUGGCUGGACACAGUGCUCGGUUUUCAUCUUACUUGGCCUCUGACAGCAUCGGACACAGCUAGUCUCACUUGCUUCCUUGAUGAGCACCCAUCACCAGGCUUCCAGAAGACCACGUGCGCUUGGUUUCCCUCCUACUCACCAGUCACUCCUCUUCAGUCUCCUUUGUUCCUUCUCUCCACUCUGACCUUCUAGUGCUACAGUGUCUAGGGCUCAACUGUGGUCCCCCAUCCUAGUUAAGCUCAUUCUUCUGUUGAUCCCAGCCAGUCUCAUGGCUAUAAAUACCAUCAGUUAUGCUGAUGAUGCCCACAGAUCUCCAGCCCAGAACCCUGUCUUGCUCUUCAGUCUACUUGACAUUGCAUAAUGAGAAAAACCCAAAAUGGAACUUCUGACCCACCUCCCCCACCUUGCCAAGCCAUUCCACCUGCAGUCUUCCCUCACUCUGUUACAACGUGACAUCAUUCUUCUUGUGGCUCAGGCUAGAAAGCUAGGAGUCAUCCCUGACUCCUCUCUCUCAUCACUGCAUCAGAGAAGAUUGUUGACUCUACCUCCACAUUAUAUCCGGAGUCCAACUGCUGCUCACCACCACUACUACCAGCCUUGCUCAAGUCAUCGUCUCUCAACUGCAGUCCUGCAGUAGCCUCUACCUGGUCUCCCAGCCCCCAUCCUUGCAUUCCUUUGGACUAUUUCCAACACAGCAUCCAGAGUGAGUCUUUGAACAUGUAGAUCAGAGCAUUUUACUUCUCUGAUCAAAACCCUCCAAUGGCUUCCCAUAUUAGAGUAAAUCUAUGUCUUUAAUGCCGUUGUUUGCCUGUGUCAUUUCCUAACCCUAUCUCCUCACCCUCUCUCUUCCCUCACUCUGGCCUCCUGGCUGUUACUUGAACAUCCCAGGCACACUUCCACCCCAGGGCCUUUGCACUGGCCAUUCCUCUGCUUGGAACAUGCUUUCUGCACACAUUCUCAUGGCUAACUCCCUAGACUCCUUAAAGUCUUGGAUCAAAUGCUUAUAUAUAAUUGCAACUCACCCACGUCCCCAUGUCCCCUUACCUUCUUUUUUUCCACUGUACUUAUUAACGUCUAACAAAGUUUGUAUCUAUUUAUUAUAAAAUGUCUAUUUUGUUUAUAUUUCAGCCCAUUUGAAUGUAAGCUUUGUGAGGGAAUAGAUGUUGGUCUAUUUUGUUCGUUGAUGUACCUCAUUCUGAGCCCAGUGCCUGGCACAUUGUAGACGCUCAAUAAAUAUUUGUUGAAUGGAAUUCAAUGAACCUUUGUAGAAUGUUAUUUUUAGAAGGGAAUAGGUGAAUCUGGACUGAAAACAAGAAGGAUUUACCAAACACAGCCAACCCUAGUUCUGAAGGAUUCAGUAAGUGGGAAAUGGGUGCAUUUUUAUUAAAAACCAUCACCUGAAAACCUAGAAAGGAUGUACAAAUGUGCUUCUUCACCUCAUGUUUCCCUCCUUUUUCUAUAAUGGAAAACAUCACACAUUGAAAAGUAAAUAGAAUCAGUUCAUGUAUCUGCCUUCUGGCCUCAUUCAUGGCCAGCCUUGGUUUGUGUACAGCCCACUCCCGAUCCCCUUCACACCUCGUCUUUGGUGAUUAUAAAAAUCCACCUCUUUUCUUUAACUGUAUCCAGGUUUUACUCCCCACCUCCCCCCUAGAAGAGAAUGACAACAAUAAAUUGUCAGGAAACGUACAUUGAAUCAUCGAUGUAGCUUUUCAAUCCGAUUGUAUUCUGUAUAUAAAGAACUAUAUGUGCAUAUUCAUCCUAUGAAACGGAAAACCACACUAUGUCAGUAUUACAGAUUUUCAAAACCAGAACUACCAAGGAAUGUCAGAUCUCUUGAGCUUUACGGGUGAAUGCUGGACUCUUGGAGUUCCAUGACUUGGUCUCCUGGGACCUGGUCAGCCCAUGUAUGAAAAAUGUGGGUGGUCUGCAGGUGACCCAUGAAGAGCACUCCCAAACUUAGGAACUUGAGUGCAGCAUCCGGAAUGUCAUGAGUCUAUAUUGACCCUACCAAGAGGUUCAGUUGCUGAAAUCCGGGCCUUGGUUUAGAAGGCAGUUUCCCUGAUAAAUAAGCCUGUCUCAUAGACUUCAAGGGCUGUAUUCAUUAACAGAAGACUAAAUAAUUAAGGAGCCCUGUGGCACAAUGGCUAAGCACUUGGCUGCUAACCGAAAGGUUGGUGGUUAGAACUCACCCAGCGGCUCCAUGGGAGAAAAGACCUGGUGAUCUGCUGCUGUAAAGAUUACAGCCAUGGAAACCCUAUGGGAUGGUUCCACUCUGUCACAUGAGGUUGGUAUGAGUCAGAAUCGACUCGAUGGCACACACUAGAACAAAAAAGUUUAAUUAAAUAUUUCCUAAUCAAACUAAGAAGCCUCUGGGUGGUGUAAAUGGUUAAUGUGCUUAGCUGCUAAUUGAAAGGUUGUCAGAGUCUACUCAAAGGCACCUGUGCAGAAAGGCUUCCAAAAAAUAACCACUGAAUACCCGAUGGAGCACAAAAUCACUCUGACACGCGUGGGCUUGCCAUGAAUCAGAAUUGACUCGACAGUGACUGGUUUAAUUGAACUAAGGAACCAUAUGUAUGUAUGUAUAUACAUAUAUAUCUAUAUAUAGAGAGAAAGCCCUGGUGGCACAGUGGUUAAGAGGUCGGCUGCUAACCAAAAGGCAGUAGUUCGAAUCCACCAGCUGCUCCUUGGAAACCCUAUGGGGUAGUUCUACUCUGUCCUAUAGGGUGGUAACUAUGAGUCAGAAUCAAUUUGAUGGCAAUGAGUUU